CAUGCAUCCUCUAUCAAUUUAAACAAAUGUUGUAUCUUUGUUCUAGGACCUCUUAUCUCUUUUUGUAACUUACUUUAUGUUUAAAUAUUUCCGUGAAUUGAAUGACAUUCUCCGAAUCUCACUAUUGCAAUGACAACAAUAUUUGUAUGGAUGGAACAUGACACUUUGUCGAAUCAACAACAUGCUCUUACUUGUUUCAGUAUAUAAAAGACUUCCAGAUAGCUUACCAUUAAAUAAUCUAAUACACAAAAUGAAAUUGACCGGAUAACGUUAUACAAAGUAAUCUGGUACACAAAAUGAACGCAAGCUAGGGCCUUUUGGUUUCCGCGGCAGAGGUGUUUGACGAAAGGCCGCAGAGAAGUACGGUUACUUUGAGUGUUUUUAUUAAUGGUUUGAUUAAAUGGGGCCAGAUGAAAUUCGCUCGGUCUUUGUUUGAUCGGAUGUUGAUUCGGAGUGUUGUGUCAUGGACUCUUGUUAUUGAUGGAUAUACGAGAGUGAAUAAGCCGUUGAAAGCUUUGGCUUUGUUUAGGAAAAUGGUUGAGGUUGAUGGUAUAGAGCCUAAUGACGUUACUCUUUUGGCUGUUUUUCUUGCUAUUGCUAGUCUUGGGGAUAUCAAGAUGUGUAGGUCUGUUCAUGGGUGUGUAGAGAAGAGAGGGUUUAACGCGGUUGAUAUAAGGAUUGCGAACGUGUUGAUUGAUUUGUAUGCGAAGUGUGGAUGUAUAGAGAGUGCGGGAAGAUUCUUCUGGGAGAUGCCUGACUGGAGGAAGAAUUUGGUGUCGUGGAAAUCUGUUAUAUCUGGUUUUGCUAUAUUUGGGAUGGUGAGGGAAGCUGUGGAGACUUUUGAAAGAAUGGAGAAGGCUGGGGUGCAGCCGAAUCAUGUGGCGUUCCUUAGUGUUUUGAAUGCUUGUAGUCACGGUGGGUUGGUCGAGGAGGGGCUUGUGUUUUUCGGUAAAAUGGUGAAUGAUUAUGGACUUGUGCCGGAUGUCAAACACUUUGGUUGUGUGAUAGAUAUGCUUGGGAGAGCAGGGAGGUUGGAAGAAGCUGAAAAGGUUGUUAUGCAGGUUCCUUGUGAGGUUGCAAACGAUGUUAUUUGGAGGACGCUUCUUGGAGCUUGCAGCGUUCAUGAUAGAUAAGAGAAAUGCCUUUAAACUUCCGGGCUAUAGUUUAGUCUAAAUUUCAUUUCAUGUGAUAUAUAAUAUCGGUGUUAACAUUUGAAGCAGAUAAGGGCACCAUCAUGGAACAUGGGAGAAGUACCUUGGUAGGCCAUUGUUGUUGGCUUCAGAACUUCUGAACUACUUCAACUCAUCAAAUUGAAGUAAUAUUUAUGGCCAAGUUCAUUGAAUCUGGGAGCUCGCGCCUUCUUGUUGCCACUACAGAUCUGUGAUAGUGCAUGAUCCAUUUAUUCAGAGAGGAUUAGUAGCAAGAUGUAAAUUAAACAUAUUGCUAUUUGCUUAGUGUUUUGAAAGCUGACAUAUAAGGUAAGCAAAUAAACUUGCUAUUUUACAUAAAUGCAUUAG